AAAUUCGGAAGUCCUAAUGAACUGUACAGCUAAAGGAUAUCCACUCCCAUACUACAGGUGGAAGCAAAAUGGCACAGAUAUUGAUCUUACCAUGAGUUAUCACUACAGGUUGGUUGGAGGCAGCUUGGCAAUCAAUAACCCACAUAAAAACCGGGAUAUUGGAACAUACCAGUGUUUGGCCACAAAUUCAUUUGGAACAAUUCUGAGCAGGAAGGCAAAGCUUCAAUUUGCAUAUCUUGAAAACUUUGAAACAAAACCAAGAAGCACAGUAUCAGUCAGAGAAGGACAAGGAGUGGUUCUGCUCUGUGGUCCUCCACCACAUCACGGAGCCUUGUCCUAUGAGUGGAUCUUCAACAAUGCCACCCUAUAUGUUCAGGAAGAUAGUCGCCGCUUUGUCUCUCAAGAGACCGGGAACCUGUACAUUGCCAAAGUGGAGCCGUCGGACGUGGGCAGCUACACCUGCCUUGUCACUAACUCUGAAGCAGAGCAAAGCGUGCGAGGGCCACCCACUUCUCUCACUCUUCGCAGCGAUGGUGUGAUGGGGGAGUAUGAACCAAAGAUUGAAGUACGUUUUCCAGAGACAACUUAUGCAGCAAAGGGCUCAUCUGUUAAACUGGAAUGCUUUGCCCUUGGAAAUCCUGUCCCUAGUAUUAGCUGGAAGAGGUCUGAUGGAAACUCAUUGACAAAGAAAAUUGAGCACAACAAAACCAAAGUUCUUGAAAUCCCAGACGUUCAGCAAGAAGAUGAAGGUUCUUACGAGUGCGUUGCAGGAAACAUUCGAGGAAGAAACAUUGCAAGAGGUCAAUUAUUUGUCUAUGCACUCCCUGAAUGGGAUAAAAAAAUCCAAAAUGCCUUCCUGUCUCUCUAUGACAGUUUAUUUUGGGAAUGUAAGGCAAAAGGAAAACCAAGCCCUUCUUACAGUUGGUUGAAAAAUGGCCAGCUGCUCAUGACAGAGGAAAGAAUUCAAAUAGAAAAUGGAACUCUUAUCAUACCUGUGCUGAAUAUGUCAGACUCUGGCCUCUAUCAGUGUGUGGCAGAAAACAAGUACGGUACUAUUUAUGCCAAUGCUGAGUUGCGAGUGAUAGCUGCAGCCCCUGAUUUUUCCAAAAAUCCUGUGAAAAAAUUGUCUGUUGUUCAAGUUGGAGGAGAAGUUACAAUUGGUUGUAAACCAAGUGCCUCUCCCAGAGCAGUUGUUAAGUGGAGAAAGGGCUCAGAGGUUCUGCGCCAGAACGAAAGGGUCAUUUUACUAGAUGAUGGCAGUCUCAGGCUCAAUAACAUCACCAAAUCAGAUGCUGGAGUGUACACUUGUAUAGCAACAAAUCAGUUUGGAGUUGCCAGAAAUUCAGGGAGCCUGAUUGUGAAAGAAAGGACUGUAAUUACUGUUCCACCUUUGGAUAUGGAUGCAACUGUUGGAGAAAGCAUAGUCCUUCCAUGCCAGGUGUCUCACGACCCCUCUGUUGAUGUGGUCUUCACAUGGUCAUUUAAUGGCAAUAGAAUUGAUUUUAAUAGAGGAGUCAAUCACUUCGAAAGAAUUGGAAGAGAAUCUAUUGGGGAUUUGAUGAUAAGAAAUAUUCAGCUACAUCAUUCUGGGAAAUACGUGUGCACGGUACAAACAACUUUAGACAGCCAAUCUGCAGCAGUAGAUAUAAUUGUAAGAGGCCCCCCAGGUCCACCAGAAGAUCUUAAAGUUGAACAUAUUUCUAGCACUACUGCUGUGUUAUCCUGGAAGCCUGGAAUAGAUAAUAACAGUCCAGUCCAGAUCUACAGUAUUCAGACAAGGACUCCUUUCUCAGUUGGAUGGCAGGCAGUUGCAACAGUUCCUGAAGUCAUAAAUGGCAGGACUCACAAGGCAACAGUGGUUGACCUAAGCCCCUGGGUUGAGUAUGAGUUUCGUGUGGUUGCCAGCAAUAGUGUUGGAAUUGGGGAGCCAAGCAGACCAUCAGCUCUACUGAAAACUAAAGCAGCAGUUCCUGUCAUGGCACCAACGAACGUCAGUGGAGGAGGAGGGAGCCGCUCUGAGCUGGUCAUCACAUGGGAGCCAGUUCCAGAAGAACUACAAAAUGGGGAAAGUUUUGGCUACAUCAUUAUGUUUCGUCCUCUUGGCUCAACAACCUGGACAAAAGCAGUGAUGGCUUCAGUGGAAGCAAGCAAGUAUGUCUACAGGAACGAAAGCAUUACACCUCUCUCUCCUUUUGAAGUGAAAGUUGGUGUCUACAACAAUGAAGGAGAAGGACCCCUGAGCCCCAUAUCCGUUGUCUACUCAGGAGAAGAAGAGCCACAGAUAGCACCAGCGGGGACGUCAGCACUGAGCGUCUCGGCGGUGGAAGUGGAGGUCUCCUGGCAGCCCAUCCCAUGGAACAGACACACAGGCAGGGUGCUGGGCUAUGAGGUUUUAUAUUGGACUGAUGAUCCCAAGGAAAGCACAGCUGGGAAAGUCAGAGUCAAUGGGAAUGUAACAGCCAAAAAUAUCACAGGGCUAAAAGCCAACACAGUGUAUUUUGCAACAGUUCGAGCUUACAACACUGCAGGGACGGGGCCCUCGAGCACCCCGGUAAAUGUCACCACCAAAAAAUCACCACCAAGUCAACCCCCAGCAAACAUCGCCUGGAAGCUGACAAAUUCCAAGCUCUGCUUGAACUGGGAACAUGUGAAAACAAUGGAGAAUGAAUCAGAAGUGCUAGGCUACAAGAUUUUGUAUAGACAAAACAGACACAGCAAAACACAUAUCCUGGAAACAAACAACACUUCAGCUGAACUUCUGGUACCAUUUGAAGAAGAUUAUCUCAUAGAAAUCAGAACAGUCAGUGAUGGUGGGGAUGGAAGCAGCAGUGAGGAAAUUAGGAUUCCAAAAAUAUCAAGUUUAAGCUCUGGAGCAAUAAAAUUGUCACAAAGGGUGAACCAUAUAUUGACAUUUGGGAUGCUGCUGUUGAGCUCUGUUCUCAUAUGCCCUUUUCCUUGA